AAGAGAGAAGAGCUACAGAUUCCCCAUCCUCAGUCUUUGCAAGGCGACGGCUGUGCCAGCCGGCUCGGCAGGCUCCUGGCAGCAUGGCAGUGCCGCUCCGGGCCCUCCUGCUGGUCCUCGCGCUGGGCCUGGCCCAGCCGGCCUCUGCCCCCCGGAAGCUGCUGGUGUUCCUGCUGGAUGGUUUCCGCUCCGACUACAUCAGCGACGAGGCCCUGGAGUCCCUGCCUGGUUUGAAAGAGAUUGUGAGCCGGGGGGUGAAAGCCGACUACUUGACCCCCGACUUCCCCACGCUCUCUUAUCCCAACUACUACACCCUGAUGACCGGCAGACAUUCUGAGGUCCACCAGAUGACCGGGAACUACAUGUGGGACUCCAACAGCAAUAAGUCAUUUGACAUCGGUGUCAACAAAGACAGCCUGAUGCCUCUCUGGUGGAAUGGAUCAGAACCUCUCUGGGUCACCCUGACCAAAGCCAAAAGGAAGGUCCACAUGUACUACUGGCCAGGCUGUGAGGUGGAGAUUCUUGGUGUCAGACCCACCUACUGCCUGGAAUAUAAAACUUCCCCGACGGAUAUCAAUUUUGCCAACGCAGUCAGCGAUGCUCUCGACUCCUUCAAGAACGGCCGCGCCGACCUGGCCGCCAUAUACCACGAGCGCAUCGACGUGGAGGGCCACCACUACGGCCCCUCGUCGCCGCAGAGGAAAGACGCCCUGAAGGCCGUGGACACUGUCUUCAAGUACAUGGCCCAGUGGAUCCAGGAGCGGGAGCUGCAGGACAAGCUCAAUGUCAUCAUCUUCUCCGACCAUGGGAUGACCGACAUCUUCUGGAAGGACAAAGUGAUUGAGCUGAAGCAGCACAUCAGCCUGGCGGACCUGCAGCAAGUGAAGGACCGCGGGCCCCUCGUGAGCCUCUGGCCAGCUCCCGGGAAACACGCUGAGAUUUACAACAAGCUGCGGACGGUGGAGCACAUGACUGUCUACGAGAAGGAAGCCAUUCCCAGCAGGUUCUACUACAAGAAAGGGAAGUUUGUCUCUCCGCUGACCUUACUGGCGGAUGAAGGAUGGUUCAUAACUGAGAGUCGAGAGCUGCUUCCGUUCUGGAUGAACAGCACUGGCAAGAGGGCAGGCUGGCAGCGCGGAUGGCACGGAUACGACAAUGAGCUCAUGGACAUGAGGGGCAUCUUCCUGGCCUUCGGACCCGAUUUCAAAUCCAACUUCAGGGCCGCCCCGAUCCGCUCCGUGGAUGUCUACAACGUCAUGUGCCACGCCGCAGGCAUCGCCCCGCUGCCCAAUAACGGGUCCUGGUCCCGGGUGGUGUGCAUGCUGAAGGGCCCGGCCAGCGCGGCCCCGCGGCACCUGCCCGGGGGCUUGGCCCUGGCCUUGACGCUGCUCUUGCUCCUUCAGUAGCUGCUCCUUGUGUCCCAAACACUCAGACAAGGGGGCCUUCACGGGGGGAAGGUUUUAUGUCCUAGUUGAAUAAUAGCUUCUUUAACACAAUCAAGGCCACACACAUUGAAACUAUUUUAUUCUUGGAUGAUUCUAUACAUAAAAAUCCCUACUUCUUAAAAACAAAUAUCUGAACUUUAUUUUUUUUCGGAAGAUAAGGAAAAUCUUGCUCUUAAACUUGUUCGACUGUAUGUCAGUGUGUCCCUUCUUUUUCAUUUGGAAAUGCAGCUGAACUGUCUGAGCAAGGGCCUGUCGCUAGCAAACAGCCUUGUAGAGAAUAUUGUGUGAGAGUCCUGGACCCCACUCUGCCCCGCUCUGCACAGAGCGGCCCCUCGCCUGUGCCCCGUGCACACCCAGGAGCCCGCCUGGGGCUCUAUGGCCACAGGUCCUGGACGGUGCCUUCCUUCCCAGGGAAAGGAGGCUCCCCAUGACAGCUGUGGCCACCAUCUGCGCCUGUCCCAGCUCAUGGAGUUUUUCCAUCUUCUACAAAAACCCCAAAAGCGUGUUAUCUUAGCUUGGGCCACCCGUCAAUCAAAAUCACGAAGGAUUGGAGAACUCAGAAUAAGGCGGCAGGCAUGACUUCCCUCCCAAAGUCGGGAUG